UUUCAUGAACAAUAAUUUCACCGUGUGAUGUAUUGAACACUUCUAGUUUUAAGGUUUACAUUUACCAAAAAUUUAUAUUGCCUACUACCGUGUUCAAGAUGAGUAGUGCUUUCUUAUAUUUAGGAUUACUAAGAUUCGCCGCUUUAGAAGAGAAGGCGAGACAAAGACAGAGGGCAAGAAAGACCAAAGCGUAUAUAAAAAUGACCAGAGCCCUCAAGACUGAUUUUUACAGACUCCGGCGUCUAUCGAUGGAUGAUACAUCUUUUUUCAAGUUAUUAGCAAUGGUUCGACCAAUAAUGCAAGCUGAUGAUAAAGAUAUGGAGGAAAUCGAAGUCGUGGAGCUACUGUUGCUUACAUUGAAGUAUUUAGCCAGUGGAUGUAGCUUGGAAGAAUUGACACAAGGUUGUGAUUUAUCGCUUACAGAACUUGUGAAAGACAUCCCAAUGACUUGUAAAGCAAUAUUUAAGGCUCUUAAACCUUAUAUUAAGUUCCCAAGAGAAGAGAAGGAGUGGCUGGACAUUGUUAAUGAUUUUGAGAAGAAAUGGAACUUCAAUCAUUGUGCUGGGGCAUUCAGUGCCCGGCAUAUUGCCGUCAAUAAGCCAUUAGAAGGGAGCGAAGUAUUAUUGAACCACAAAGGCUUCCACAGCGUCCUCUUAAUAGCAGUGGUCAACGCAAACCAUGAAUUUGUUUACGUCGAUAUUGGCACAAACGGUGGAUACGACCAAAAGUUAAUUCUUAGUGCUACAGGAUUUUUUGGAAAUAUGAUUGAGGAAACAAUAAAUUUACCAAAGGAUUGUCCGUUGCCUGCAUCUGACGUGGCAAUGCCAUAUGUAUUUUUGUCAGAUGCAUACUAUGUAAUAGAGAACAUGAUGAGAACUUAUCCGUUGGAUAACGUAUCAUGCGAAGAGAAGAUAUUUAACUACAGGUUUGGCAGAGCAUAUCGUGUUGUAGACGAUGCAUUUGGGAUCUUGUACGAGAGAUUUGGUGUACUACAGCGGAAUAUAGACGUAGAGAAUGCUAAUGAUAUUGUGAUAGCAUGUUGUGCCUUGCACAAUUAUUUGGCGAAGACAAUAAUUAAUGAUGAUUAUUUAAGAAAAGAAUCUUUGGAUGUGGAGGAUGUGGUUAACUAUAAGUUCCAGAAAGCCUCAUGGCGUUUGAAAGAGGAAGGGUUGAAUUGGGACGAAACUCAUCCUUUAGCCGCAGUACCCCAGGGACCAGAAGAAAUUUUAGAUGGCAGGGGAAAAGGUGUAAGGGAGAGCUUCACUAAUUACUUUAUUAACCAAGGAAAAGUUCCAUUUCAAGAGCAAAUGGUGAAUGUUGUGCCUGAAUUACAAUUGUUAACUAAUUAAUAAAUGUUAUUAUAAGAAUUACUUUACUAGCCAAGGAAAAGUGCCAUUUCAAGAGAAAAUGGUGAAUGUUGUGCCUGAAUACAAUUUUGUUAACUAAUUAAUAAAUGUUAUAAGAAUUGUUGAUUAAGACCUA